AAAUGGAAAUGUUUUGAGAAGCAGAGUAACAAUGCUACCUUUCGAAAAAUUCCUCGUGUCUUGGCUUUUAAUAAACACAAACCUUUAGUAGUGCCCACCGUACGCGUUUUUCUUUGUUUUCCUUGCAUGGAUCUUUAAUACGAUCGUCAUUUUGAUUUUAAGUGGGGCCCUUCUAAUAAAAGCAGAUUUGAAUUAGGAUACGGAUGCUAUAGUGCUUAGUACGUUCUUUUUAUGUGUAAAACCGAGAUUCUAUCUUUUCAGUAACUUCUUUGGGAAGCAAAUUCAAUAUUCGUGUGGCAAUGUCCAGUCUCAUAGCGAAACAAUCUGCAAACCUGGAUACUUCAAAACAAGUAGCCGACGAAAUAGAUGAAUGCGAGGCUACAGAUAUAGACGAAGAAGGAAAAUCAGAUAAUAAAGAGGACAAGGAAUGUAUGCAUAAUGUUCCAGAACAGGAUCGUGAAGAAAUGGAGGAAAUCAUCAGUACUUUUGAUGGACUAGAAAACCAAUAUAAUCUCGUUGAAAAGAUCGGGGAGGGAACGUUUUCGAGCGUAUAUAAAGCUGAAGAUUUAAAGUAUUAUGACUAUAUUAAUGAUUGGGACAUUGACUCUAAAGCUCGGACUAAACAACCGGAGUCAGAAACUUCAAAUGAUCGAACAGAGAUAGGUACUAUGAAGCGAGAGGCCAAGUACGUUGCUAUAAAAAAGAUAUACGCUACUAGCAGUCCCAUGCGUAUUCUAAAUGAACUGGAAAUCCUCUAUCUUCUGCGAGGAAUGGAUACAAUUGCACCUUUAAUUACUGCAUUAAGAAACGAAGACCAAGUUUUGCUUGUACUUCCAUAUUAUCAGCACACUGAUUUUCGACAAUUCUAUAGCACUUUUUCAUAUAAGGAUAUCAGCGUAUACUUUCGUUGCUUGUUUGAAGCUUUGGCCGCCUGUGAAUCGUUGCAAAUUAUGCACCGCGAUAUAAAACCUAGUAAUUUUCUUUUUAAUGUAGAACGAAAACAUGGCGUUUUAGUUGAUUUCGGGUUGGCUGAACGCUGUAGCCGCCCUCUUCCUAACUCCUGUCCCUGUGCAUCGCGUGACAGUGCAGAAGUAGCUCGUGAAUCUUAUAAAGACUAUGAACCAGCCUUGGGGUAUGUAAAAAAUGAUACUAGACCUAGCAAACGAGCAAAUCGAGCUGGAACUCGAGGAUUCCGAGCACCAGAGGUUUUGUUGAAAUGUCCGGCUCAGAAUACAAUAAUUGAUGUUUGGUCGGCUGGUGUUAUAUUACUAUCUUUCCUUACAAAACGAUUUCCAAUGUUUAACUCUAAAGACGACGUUGAUGCCCUUAUGGAAAUAGCGUGUAUCUUUGGGAAAAACGAAAUGCGACAGGUUGCAGCACUGCAUGGCUGCACAUUUGAAACCAACGUUAAUACUCUAACGGAGAAAAGAGUUAAUUUUCGUAAACUAAUAUUAUGGGCUAGCUGUGGAUCGGCAAGCAUUUAUAAAGAAAAAUUAAUGCAUAAACCUAGUUUUGAAGAAAGCUUGUGUCUAGAUUUUCUCGAACGCUGCCUAGAGUUGGAUUGUAAUAAACGCAUUACGGCAUGUGAGGCAAUGGCCCAUGACUUUAUGUAUUUGGAUGACCCAACACACCAAUUCAGCUUUCAGCGCGAGACUUCGUUUGAGAAGCCAGAAACUGAUUCACCUAUGGAAAAUGACUCGACUGAAAUGACUCAACACUUUUCUCGAAUUCUAAAAGAUGAAGAAAAUGAGCCAAGUACACAGGAUAUGUCUGUCUUAAAAAGGAAGCGUCCCAGUGUUGACAACACAUGACUGCCUAUAGUUCAUAUCUAAUAACCUCCUUAUAUUAUGUCUAUUUAUGUUUUACUGUAUUUCUUUUUUCUAUUUAUAGUUUCAAAAUAAUAAAGUUACUCAUAGGAUACUCGAAUGGAAAAAAAGCUUUAGGUGUCCUUCCUACAAGACUUAAUCGAUUUUACAGUUGAAACAAG